UUUGUCCUUUUGUAGCACGUUUGUGGCGUGGAGACUCCAUGAACUUCAAUGGAAUCUGCUGAUCAGAGUGAGCCUGCACAGAAGCAACAGAAAUUGGCUGUUAAGUGCCCGAACCUGGAAUUAGCGAAGGAUGAUGCCUCAAAACUGGAAAUAAUCCAACAGGAAAUAGAAAAUCGCAAGGCCUUUCAUAAUGCUUUGCAGAAUGACAUAGCUCAGCUGAAGAAAGCAAAAAAUGAAUCAGAAUUGAUAGCACAGGAACUUAAUGCCCGGAUUGAAAAACUCCAACAAAGUAUGGAGGAUGAUCAAUUAGAACAACACAAACGGGAUUUAGAUUUUCAGGUUGUCAGUUUUGUGAAACAAUUGAAAGAUGCAGAGAUUGUGAAUGACAAUCUGAGGGAGGACCAAAGAAAUAUGAAGGAUGAGUUAAUGAGACUUGAAGAAGAAAGAUCAGAGCUGGAGAAACAACUCAAGGUUUCUUUCUCCAUGCCUGAAAAACGAUGGUGCUUUAAUGGCAAAAUUGAGAAAGAUGGCAAUCCAGUAGUAGAAUUUGACCUAAAGCCAUGCAUUCAUUACCCAAUAAAAGGAGGCUCAGCAGUGAUCACAUUCGAAGAUGAAACAGUCGCUAAUAAUAUACUGGAAAUGGAAGAACAUGUGAUUGAAUUAGGAGACUGUCAAAUUAAGAUAAAGGCUCAACCUUUGAAGCUGCCGAUGUUAAAAGAGAUCGAAAUUCAGACACAGGUGUGUAAAAAUCGAAUCCUGGUUUCAGAUAUCCCAAAGCUUCCUUCAACCGACCAGCUGCUGGACAAGUUGGAGCUGUACUUCAGCAAACAACGGAAUGGUGGAGGAGAAGUGGAAAAUGUUGUGCUGUUGGAAGAUUCUGGGAAUGUCAUAGUAACGUUUGUUUCUGAAGGAAUUGCCGAGAACUUGACAAAGAAAGAAUUUCACCAAGUAGACUUUCGGGGAAUUGGCAAAAUACCCCCACUGAGGAUUUCCCCGUUUAUCAAUGGUGAAAUUGUAAACAUAACGGUACAGGAGGUCAUUUCUAAAAGGAGUGCCCUCUUUACUGGAAUUGCGGAUAUAAUGGAUGAAGAAAUCUUACGGGAUAAUUUGGAAAUACACUUCCAGAAACCCAGUAAUGGAGGCGGCGAGGUGGAUGCAUUUGAAUACGUUCCCAAGGGAAAAAGUGCAAUUGCCUGCUUUGAGACGGAUAGUGAAAAAGAGAAUUAAGAUUUGCUAUGUACUGAGCGUGAUUAAUUGCUCUACCCAUUAACUAUCUAGACAAUGUGAUAACCAAACUGAACUAUGCUUUUUAGUUGGCUUCCAGUAAAAUCUUAGUAGAGGUAGUUUGAAAUUAAAAUAGGUGAGAUAUUUAGUCUUCCCUUCAUCAGUGGUACUCACAGAUCCAAGACUGAGGGAUCUCCCUUCACCUUCCCAUUACUGCCGCAGUCUGUUACCAGGGUGAAUCCUCUGAUCUUAGAUUGUAACCAGUGCUGCUAGGAACCCCAGUCAGGAGGAGCAUGAGAGCUACCGUGAUAAUUAUCAUUCUGCGUGACACUCUUGUCCCAUGUUUGGUGUAACACUCCUGGGCCAUGGAACUGCGUGGAAUGACAAUCAGACCCCCCCCCCAUUUUGUAACACUUUACACCCUCCUACUCUUCUGUAGUAACUGACAGAAAAGCAGAGACUACAAACUGGAACACACUGGCCCACUGUGGAUCUCAGAACAUCACCCUCCCUCUGAUAACCGCGAAAUGCCAUUAGGUUAUAUCCAUUUAUACACAUAGAGUAAAUGACAAUAAACAUUAAGAGUCAAGAUCAUAGUUUAAUUAAAGAGGUGGAAUAUUGGAUACAAGUAAUUCUGUUGAACCCAUGUUAACUUUGAUUACAAUUGCUAUCAGAGCCUCGGACACUAAGGACUGUUGUUUUCCUUCGAUAGCAUCCUGUGUUUGUGGUCGUCACCACAUCAGCUGCACAGAAACAUAGAAAAUAGGAGUAGGCCAUUUCUGUUUCAAAACUGCAUGAGCAGACUCUGUCUCAGUGCCCCAGGCUGCAGUAGCUGAGUUAUUAAUGGGCCUGGAGCAAUCCAGAUAUUGAAAAGUAGCACUUCCUCAUGUGGAAUUUGUACAUGCUCCACUUUUCAAAAUCCGGGCUGCAUCUUUGAUGUUCUGCCAAGGGUGGCAUCUGUUAAAAAAAAUUAAGUAAUUUUGAAAAUGCUAUCUCUGACAUCGUUUAGAUCAUAACAGGAACCUCUGAAAACAUUCGGGGGGGGGGUCAGAUAGUGUCUGUGGGAAAAGAAAGAGAAGUAACGUUUCUCAUCUGUUACCUUUCAGCAGUACUAGAAAAAGUCAGAAAUGCAAUCGUUUUAAAUAAGUCAAAUGGGAAACGGUGGAAAAAGACCAAAAGACAGGCAACAUUACUGCUCCCUUCGACUCUUCCCCAGUGACUCUUUUAUCCUUUUUAAUACCUUCUGUAAUACAUAUGAUUUGAUGUGCAGACAUGCAGCUGUAGAGGGAGUGCAAAUCAAUCCAGAUCUAUCCUGGAAUGCACGGCUGAUCCAAAUCCCAUUACAGGAAUCAAACUAGAUUUUAAAAAAGGACCGUAUCAUCCACUGAUGCAGACAAAUUGUGUAAAGAGUAAUAGUACAAUAUAUGUUAUUUGAGUUUGAUCAAUCUUGCAUUCAAUUAGCGACAAUAUUUACUUCUAAAUGAAAUCUUACCUGUAUUCUAAUUUGCCUAAAAACAGGAUUCUUAAAAUUCAUUUUGUGACCUUUUCCAAUUUGUCUCGGAAUGAUGCACUAUUCUGUACUUAAUAUGUAUCUUGUUUAUAUUCUCUAGAGAUAGAAAUACUGACACAAACAUAAAUAGGACACUGGACAUGUCUUCCUUCUGAUACUUAAGGGGCCUUUCAAAGAAAAUCAUUCCUGGAUUUAAGUUGACUAUUUUCUAAAUAAUUUUGGCCUGUAUUUGGCUAAAUUUGGCUAAAUAAAUUUGGCUCCAUCUGUUCAAUCUAACUGCUGUAUCAUCCACUCACAGAAUGUCCUUUUUUAUUGCUUCUUUAUCGUGUUUGUACAAAAGACGUUUCUGCUUGCAUGUGGUCUUUGAGUCAUUAGGUUUUUAUUUGAUGUCAAGCAGUCAAACGUCAAGCAGAAUAUUUUGUGUAACAAUAAAAGUUUGAUAAAUGAUUCAACUCUUGAGACACAAUGACAUUCAAUCACAUUAUCACCCAUAAGUUUCUCAGUCAGUUACACCUGAAGAAAUUUCUCAUAUCACACUUGCACAAUUCCUUGUAGUUGUAAAAGGAAUCCAUAGCUGGCACAUGGAAUGUUUAUUAAAGGGUUAAUUUAUUUAUGAAAAGGA